UGUUAAAGUAAACAUAGGUUUGAGCGUGUAGUAAGUUUCUGUAAGUUGAGUGAUCUUUAUGAAUUAGCGAUAAAUUGACAAGAAUUUUUUGAUUAUAUAAAGAUGGAAGAGGAUGCAGAUGAUCUGGAUAAUUUGUUUGAUGAAUAUGAUUCAAAUGAUCCCCAACCGCAAGAAAAUAACAAUGAAGAUGCUGAAAAUGACGCUGCUGUUCCUGAAAAAGUCCCAGUUCCUAAACGUGUUGUGAAACAUCCUAGACUGAAAUUCAAUCCAGAGAGAUUAUGUGGUAAACGAGGAAUUCCAAUACUUGAAGAUCAUUUUAAAGAUGUGAAAUUUAAGGGUAAAGGGCAUGAAAAGGAGGAUCUCAAGAAACUUUUAACUACUUUGGAACUUUGGACACACAGGCUCUUUCCUAGUAUGAAAUUUGAAGACUGUCUUCGUCAAAUUGAACAUCUUGGGAAGAAACGCCCUGUUAAGACUUGUCUCCAAAAGAUACGGCUUGAUUUUCCAAUUUUGGAUAAAGAUUUUGUGCGUAAUGAAGACGAAGAAGAAGAAGAGCAAGAACAGCCAAAUGAAUUAGAACCUGAACCACCUGUACAAGAUGCAUUUGAUCGAUUAUUUGAUGACUAUCGAGAAAGGGCCGAGCCAGUUCUUACUUCUAUACCUAGCAGCUCUCAAAAUGAGGGAAAUAUUUUAGGAACUUCAUUUGGUUCUAGCAUAAGUGAGGAGCAGAAGAAAAGAAUGGAAUAUAAUAAGAUGUUAGCAAUAGAAAGGAGAAAAGCAAGGCUAUCCACCAUGCAAUCAAACAGCCUUGAUACUGAAAGCUCUACAAAUGUAGAGACUGUUCUUAAUUCAUCACUUAGUGGAAGAAGAGAUGAUGAUGAUCCUAAUUUCUUGUUUAAUUACCUUCAAAAACAAUUUACAAAUACUGAAAGCUCUAGUGCAGAUAAAGAAACAGAAAAAGGAUAUAGCCAAUCUAUGCAAUCAAAAAAUAGGCAAGUAUCAGAAAGAGAUGAAAUGGUGGAGUCAGUUGAGAGUGAUAGACAUGAAACUGAUUUUGGUAUAUUGUCAAAUGUUACAAAUAAUGAUUGUACAAAAGAUAAUGGCAAGGAAGAAUUAGGAUUAGAUGAAUUAAUGGAUUUAGUUGAUGAGGACAAUAAAGAUGGAACUGACCAUGAUACAUCAAGUGCAAAAAAUCAAGAUGAAAUUGAUCAUGAUACAUCAUCAAAUAAUUGUGCAGAUAAUAAUGGCAAGGAAGAGUUGGGAUUAGAUGAAUUAAUGGAUUUAGUUAACGAGGAUAAUAAAGAUGGAACUGAUCAUGAUAUACCCUAUGUAAAAGAUAAAGAUGAAAUUGAUCAUGAUGCAUCAUCAAAUAAUUGUCCAGAUGAUAACAGCAAGGAAGAAUUGGGAUUUGAUGAAUUAAUGGAUGUAGUUAACGAGGAUAAUAAAGAUGGAACUGAUUACAACACAUCCUGUGAAAAAGAUAAAGUUGAAAUUGAUCAUGAUACACUCUGUGAAAAAGAUAAAGAUGAAAUUGACCAAGAUGCAUCAUCAAAUAAUUGUCUAGAUGGUCAUGGUAAGGAAGAAUUAGAAUUAGACGAAUUAAUGGAUUCAGUUGAUGAGAAUAAUAAAAGUGGAAGUGACAAUGAUACAUUAUCAUGUGCUAAAAAUGCUGAUGAAAUUAAUCACAAUGCCAUGUCAAAUGUUAGACCUGAUUGUCCAGAAAGUAUUAGCAAGAAAGAACAGGAAUUGGAUGAAUUAAUGGAUUUAGUGGAGGAAAAUCACAAAGAUACAACUGAUGAUGAUGUAUUAUUACCUCUUGAAAAUGCUGUUUUUGAUUCAGAUAAUUAUGAACAAAGUUCAAAGAAAUCAGAAACAAAUGUAAGAGAUUGUAAUGAUAUAACUAAAGAAACAGAUGCAGAAUUAUAAGACAAACAUUCUGAAAAGGCAGAUAGUAAACUGUAAAGCUUUAUUAAGCAUAUAAAUGAUUUUAAGGAUACUUCUUUCACAAUGUUUUAUUUACUACUUAUUCCCAAUUACAAAACUGC